UGGUGUUUAAAGGAGGGCACGGUGAUUCCGCUCUGACCGCAAAACGGUUUUUAUCGAUCGAUCCGAUCAGUUAUUUAUAUAUUACUUACGCUUUACUUCAACCUACAGCAGUGGGGUGACCUGACAAUGUGGUUCUCUGUUUCAACCGAUCUGAUUCCGAUCACUUCUUUAAGUGAUACUUAUUAGUCCCACAAACGGGGACAUUUCACCUUCGCAUUUAACCCACCCGUGAAGUGAAAUGCCACACACACACACACACACUAGGGGGCAGUAAGCACACUUGCCCGGAGCGGUGGGCAGCCCUAUCCACCAGUUGGGGGUCAGGUGUCUUGCUCAAGGACACCUCAGUCAUGUACCCUCAGCUCUGGUGAUCGAACCAGCGGUCCGGUCACAGGGCCGGUUCCCUAACCUCCAGCCCACAGCUGCCCCUCAAACAAUGCCAUUCCGGUGGUGAGCACAUUGGUGAGAGCCGCUUGGUUUAAUUUACUUUCAUUUGGUCUCGAUGCGUCCCUUGAAAAGAAGUAAGAGGUGUUAGUUGGAACAGUUGUCAGUAGUAGCUAAUGUAAUUUCUCACUAAAGGUCGGCUGACGAGGAGGAGGAGGAUCAUAAAAUAUCCUUUCCUAUGCAGCGUCAUUGUUUAAGGCCAGUCACGAAUUCAGACUGCUCUACAUGGUUGAAAGAUUCAUCGUUUUUAUAUCAGUCACAGGUCGAAAGACCGCAGUCUACAGUCAACGCUAUCAGCAAGUUUUAUGUGCUUAAUAAAACAGAGCUUGUGAGCUGCUUGUAGACGAGUUAGACCAAUCAGAAGCAAAGUGGACUUCUAUAGAAAACAAUUGCAAUUUAAAUCUCAAUACUGGUCAGAAAACUUAGAGAUUUCGCCCAAAUCAUUUAGCCCAGUGCUCUAAACUUUAAUUCUAAGUGUAACGUUUUUAAAAUUAAAAUGAAACGUCCAAAACUACUUUUGGGAAUUUCUUUAAGGGUUUUACUAAACAGCAGCAGCCUUUAAUUCAUGGCUGUAGUGAUUAACGCUGUAGUCAUUACAGCCAUGAAUGUGGGUUGCUGCUGCUGAGGUCCUGUAGAGUCAUGUUGAUGAUGAUCUCAUUACUUUUCCAUACAGAACCUCCUACUAACUUUUGUUUGUUUCCGCAGUAAUUUCUUCUCAACAUCUGUUACUUUUGAGCCAGAGCCGUUUGGUUGUGACAUCUAAGCUCUGAAUAAUGUACGCCCCGCCGGGACCUGCUCUUCCUGGAGCCCGCAGGAGGAGAGGCGGAACGGCUCUCCCCAAACAGCCUGAGCGGAGUCUGGCGUCUGCACUGCCCGGUGCACUGUCCAUCACCGCCCUGUGUACAGCCCUGGCUGAGCCAGCAUGGUUACGGGUGCAUGGAGGAACUUGUCCCAGGCAGGAGCUUGGAGUGGCUGAUGUUCUGGGAUACAUAGACGAGCAGCUUAUCAAAGACUACUGCAUUAAUUCCCAGACCAUCCUGCUGUUGCGGGUUAUUGCUGCCUUCUGUUUCCUGGGUAUUUUAUGUAGCCUGACAGCUUUUCUACUGGAUGUUUUUGGGCCCAAACACCCUGCUCUCAAGAUUACACGCCGAUAUGCCUUUGCUCACAUUCUUACAGUGCUCCAGUGUGCCACUGUGAUUGGCUUCUGCUACUGGGCCUCAGAGCUCAUCCUCUCCCUCCAGCAGCAGCACAAGAAGUAUCAUGGUUCACUCAUCUACGUCACCUUUGCUAUCAGCUUCUACCUGGUGGCUGGAGCUGGAGGAGCUUCCAUAUUAGCCACAGCCGCCAGCCUGCUCCGCCAUUACCCCACUGAGGAAGAGGAGCAGGCCCUAGAGCUCCUCUCAGAAAUGGAGGAGAGCAGUGAAACUUUCCCUGCUGACUACGAUAUUGCCAACCAGUUCCAGCCGCCACCUGCUUACACACCGUGAUCCAGCAUCAAAUACCAGCAUCCUUAUUCCUUUGAUGUGUAUACUGCCCAACAUGCUUCAAAGACCACCAUUAAGCUCCAAACACAUCAUGGACU